UCGUAUUUUCAUUCUCAGACAGUCUUCAAAGUCCCUCGACAAUGGCAUAAACCUCGGAAAAGCGCUCUCUCUCUCUCUCGCUCUCCGAAUGCGUUUGACCAUGGCCGGUUUUGUGAUGAGAUCCCUCAGAAACUCACUUCGUUCCUCUUCUCCCGUGAAACCCCUCCUUCCCCAGCAACUUCGAGCUCGUUCCCGCACAUUCGCGGCCAAGUCUUCGUCUUCUUCUUCUAACCGAGACAGAGAGGCAGAGACCGAGAGAGUCGAGGAGUGCGAUGACGCCGUACCCACCUCUGGAAUCGGCAGGCCGCUCUCCGAGAUACUCAAAGAACUCAACAAGCGAGUUCCCGAUUCUCUCGUUAGAGUUCGCCUCGAAGAUGGCAUCUCCAUCAAAUACAUCCCUUGGCAUAUAGUUAAUAGAAUCAUGAACUUACAUGCACCGGAGUGGUCUGGUGAGGUUCGGAGCAUCAGUUAUUCAGCUGAUGGCAAGUCAGUUUCUGUUGUUUACCGUGUGACGCUUUACGGGACUGAUGCGGAGAUUUACAGGGAGUCAAUUGGUACUGCUUCAGUGGACGAUGCUGGCUAUGGAGAUCCUGUGCAAAAGGCAGAAGCUAUGGCCUUUCGUCGAGCUUGUGCGCGCUUUGGCCUGGGCCUACAUUUGUAUCAUGAAGACAUGCUGUGAUGAGCUUGGUUCUGUGUUAGAUGGGCCGCGCUCCGGAUAUAGAUUCUGUGAUGUUUGGAAGGAAGGAGCUUUUUGGUACAUGUUGUGGUUAAAGCAUUAUUUUCUAUA